AUGUCCAGUGUGGCCCUAACAUCCAUAUCCAUUAUUAUUGGUGCGUUUUUCGUUUUGUUCGGAAUUCUGAAAGUUGCUCCUUUAUUCUCUGCAGAUCUCUAUCAUGACAUGCGUGGAAUAUUUGCACGCAGUGCCAAAAUUUUCCCCCUUCAAAGCCUGACUGGCUGGCGGCCCGACCCCGACGCAAUGCGACGCAUCUACGGCGCCAUCGAGAUGGUGUCCGGGGUGGUCAUGAUGGUGGCGGGCGAGACCGUCGCCGACGUAGCCAACGCCACUCUAAUGGGCCUCAUCCUCUUCACUCUCUACGGCAACUGGGCCCUUGGUGAGGGACUGAAGGAAGCCUCGCACGGCAUUGUUCUUGGCCUGGUUCUCACCUGCCGCUUCGUUAUUCGACUUCAGACUCUGCAAAAAAAUGACGACGAUGACGCCUUGAAGCACGACGGAGUGGAUGCAGCCUUCCGUAUGGAGUUGCGACGCAGGAUUGCCGAGCUCCACGAAUCGGUCUGCAAAACUAAGGAUAUAAUCGAGGAAAACAGCAAAGCUGACAAAACCUUAAAAACAACGAAGAGGAAGAAACAGGCGAAAGCUGAAAAUCGGGUUAAGAAACAAAACCCACCCGCCCAGGUGCCUCUGUCCAAGAAAAAUGACUGA